GACAAAAAUAAUCCAGAUGCUACAGAUACAGAAUUUCAAGGAAUCCCUUUUAAUGCCAGAUUUAUUGACGAUUUACCAGAAUUUUCUUCCUUAGCUACUAUUCCAGGAGUGGACGGUUUCAUAUUCAAAGUAGAUCCACUUUAUGAAAUUAGUUCUAGUCAGCAAUGGUUCUUACAAGUUAUCUACAGCAUUAAACCUAUCUAUGGUUUCCGUCGACAACGUUCAUUAGAAUCGAUAAAAUUUUAUAUGGAGGAAGAACAAAAUGGAACUAACAUGAAGAUGAUUUCUUUACAAGCUUUGGUUGCUGAGACAGCAACGACAUCUGAAGAAAUAAAAAAUUUACAAGCCACAUUUGGAACUCAUCACAUUUUGUAUAUAAUAUCCGUGUUGCUUAUUAUUGUUGGUCUCAUCAUCAUCAAGUCCAAAUCAAGUUAUACAGAACUAUUUAAAUUUUCUAAAGCUUCAGAUGCACUGUAUACAUGGAUUGGAUUUUUCGACACACCACCGUCCAGUCAGCUGCCAAGUAAUAUGCUUUAUCAAGUUCAAUGCAAACAAAAAGUAAAACAGAAGCAAAUAUGCAGAGUGAAAGUAUAUUCACCAAAAAAUGAGAUCAGUUUUCCACAAUCAUCAGAAUCAGGAACAGAAGUUUGAUACAAAAUUUAAGUUUUAUAUGUAUAAAUUUUAAAUAAACGUUUUGAUAAAGGAAA